AUGGCGACCUAUGGGACAGUACAAUUAAUUUUGAACUUCGGCCUUAAACGGAAUUUUUCUUGGAAGUUUGUGAUAGCCGACGUCGAGAAACCCAUUAUUGGAGCAGAUUUCUUAUCAUUUUAUAACUUAUUGGUAGAUCUGCGCAACAAACGGCUACUAGAGGGAGAUACAAAAGCACAAAUGAUGGGAAAAGUAACAGAUGCAGUCGUCCCAACUGUUAAAACCUUGCGAAAGGAGCACCACAGCCUAUUGCAAGAAUUUCCGGAUAUUACCAGACCUCAAAGAGCACCUCACAAAGUGAAGCAUUCAACAACACACCACAUCAAUACAACACCAGGGCCUCCGAUUUAUUUUAAACCAAGACGGCUCAACGCGGAACGCCUUCAAAUAGCUAAAACAGAAUUUGAAGAAAUGGUGAAGCUCGGAAUCGCUCGACGAUCAAACAGCCCCUGGGCCGCGCCGCUUCACAUGGUACCUAAACGAAACCUCGGAUGGCGCCUGUGCGGAGAUUACAGGGCACUCAACGCUCGAACUAUUCCAGAUCAGAAGGCUGCGUGUUCAUAUCACGUCGGGGUCACCAAUGUAGCGAUGUACUAUCUUCUUCUCUUCCUUGUGUCCACUGCGAGCUCCGGUAGGCAAGUGAAGGGCCGAGUAUUGCUGCGCUGUGGUUUUAUACCAUAG